ACGGUUGCCUCGCACAGCCGCAGCGCAGACGCCUCCGUCCCGUUCGCCGGGGCCCACCAGAUAGAGGAAAAGCCGCGCGCCCACCGAGCACAAUGACGGGCCAACCAGGCCGCCGGCGGGACCGCAGCCACCGGCGACGUGACCGCGAGGACCGCAGCCCCGCCGCGUCGAAGUCCCCGCGACGCCACCGAAUGGGCGGCCGCAAGGGUCGCAAGCGACGCUCGACGUCGCGGCGCUCCGCCUCUGCCUCCCAUUCCUCAUCGCGCAGCGAAAGGGGACGCCGUCUGGCCGUCGCCAGCGCUGCCUGGCUCCUGGCCGCGCUGCUCACCGUCCUGGGGGGCGUUGGCAUCGGCGUGCUGGCGGUGCGCUACGCCGACUUCUUCCAGCGCGUGGCCACUCCCGUGGCACCUCCCGCCCGGAGCUACCGCCCGGCGCCGAGGUUGGACGCUGACGGCUCUUACCUGGACUCGCCGGGCUUCGUCAAGAACAAGGGCGUCGACGCCACACCGGUGGAGACCUGCGACUCGGACGUUUGCCUCUGGGAAGGGCGCAACUUGUACGAGAAGUUCAACGAGUCCGUGAACCCGUGCAACGAUUUCUACGGCUACGUCUGCGGCUCGAGCAGCUGGUACCGGCACAGCCAGCGCAUCGACACUCGACCUUACCGCAUACACAGCCCCGGACAGCUCAUGUUCGACCUGGCCGACCUGCAGCAGCGCCUGUACCGACUUCGCGGUGACCAGUACCGGGAACGGCCGACGCUCUUCACCAACCAGAUGAUUCGCUGGCACGAAGACAUGGGCGUGGCUCGUCAGGGCACGGAGGAUGGAAGGCACUGGGGCAUCCACGCGUAA